GGUAUACCGUACCGUACCGGUACUCGUCUGAGCCGAACAGUCUGGAGCCGGCGGCCGGAGCUGAGGUGACUGAAAUUGUGAAAACAACGCAAUAGCAAUUCUGUGUAUAUCAUGAGAGAACCUGGGGCACAAACAAGCAACUCAACUACCAUUAUCAUUUCACCAGUUUAGAGAUCACUUCAAGAAAAAUAUGGGGAAAGAUGAUCCUUUGCCCUUAGAAAACAGAACAGUGUCUGUUACAAAUAGAGAUGGAUCUAAGAUGAAUCACCCCGCCUUGGAUGAAUAUUGGUUAGAGCAAGUGAACUUUGUGAAAUACAAGCCACCUCCAGACACUCAUGAUGGGGCUGGUUUAGAGGAAUGGGAAGAGAGAUUACACUUUAUGGAGGAAGAUCUACAAUGGCUCCUUAAACUACCCCAUCAUCAAUUUUGGAGUCAGGUUAUUAAUGAUGUCAGUCUUCAACAGAGUUUGGAGUCUUAUCUUCAAGAUGCUCCCAGAUCUCAUGACCCAAGUAAAGCUAAGAUUCCGACAACCCUUGCCAGUCUUCAUAAUUCAGUGCAUAGAUUGGUCUUUAUGGCCUUCCUGCGAAUGUCCACUUACAAAGAAACCAAGGAUCAUUUCAUCACUCCUCAUGUCUUUGGAGACCUCAUCUAUAACCACUUUGUUUUUGACAUUGCUAAACUCAUGGACCUUUGUAUCAUCUAUGGUGGGGGUAAUAGCGCCCUCUUGAGUAAGAUGCUUGAAAACAUCUUCAGCCAUCAGCCUCAGUAUCAGAAUGAUCUAGAAGUUGUAGUUGAUACCACUUUGACGGUGUUGUCCAAGAUACUUGAGAAAUGUGGUUUCCAUGGCAGCAAUGUUCCUCAACUCAUAGCAGAAGCUGGAAGACAACCAAUCGGCAACCAAGAUUUGUAUGAUGUCAUCAUGUACAUGGCUGACUCCGCACAGACUCUGCUAGCCUUUCUUCAAGUAUACCCGGCUGUGUGUCAGGUGUUCUAUCGAAAAAAGGCUAUUCAAAGGAUUGCUUCUUUCUAUGAAAUUCUCAUGCCUGAACUUUUGGACUUCAUACAGGAAAGAGACUGGGAGGAUGAGAGUGUGAAAGACACCUUGAAGAAGCAUCUUGUGAUAGCACAGUCAGGUCUUGUUCACACCUGUGUUUUAAUUCUGAACACUUGCUGUGUUCAACCUAUUCUUUCAAAGAGUGGAAGUGAUGAAGUUUGUAGUCACAUAGAGAGCUACAUUGAAAUAUUGACAUCUCUACUGACUGAUAAACUGUUCUUAGCAGCAAUCUGUGAUCAUUCUAACAUACAGGAUGAUAUUGAUAUCAUGCUUCAGACCUCUCAUCAACUAGAUGAGACGAGGACACAGUUUAUUAUAGAUGGUAUGAAAGAGGCCUUAGCUCUGUAUGGAUGUAAGAAGACUGACGAUACAUCUGAAGUUGUUACUCCAAAAGGAAACCAAAGCUUGGAUGUCUUAGUAGCAGCACCAGAGGAUUACCAGACAGAUUCUUAUCUUGAAGACAAGGUAUUUACUGCCUGUGCUUCUCCAGCUGUAAAGACUGGUGUUGAACUCGACUCCUUGAUAAGUGGUGUGAGAGAUCUAUUACCAGACUUAGGAGAAGGGUUCAUAAUGGCAUGUCUUGAAGAGUAUAACUAUGACAGCGCUAGAGUCAUCAAUGAUAUCUUAGAAGAUAAACUGCUAGAAUCAUUAAAGUGUUUAGAUAGGAACAUGAAGAGGACAAAGCCUAAAGCUGUUCCUGCUGAAGACCUUCUAUCCCAGAGAGCUAACGUGUUUGAUAACGAUGAGUUUGAUGUCUUCUCUAAAGACAAGGUUGAUAUGUCAAAGAUCCAGAAAGGAAAGAGGAAAGAAGAUAGUGCUCAUUCCAUCCUUUCAGAUAAAUCCACUAUCCAAGAACUCAAGAAAUCAUAUGAGCAAUAUUAUGAAGUCAGCUAUGAAUAUGAUGAUGAGUAUGAUGACACAUAUGAUACCAUCAAUGUUGGUGCUGAUGAUGCUGACUCUGCUGAUGAACUCCAGACUAGAAGACCGUUUACAAUGCCAAGAGUUCUAGCUGCUGCUCAGACAAGAUCCUCUGAAGAAGAAGAGAAUGAAGAGGAGGAAGAGAGAGAUGGAGAGAGAUUUAAAGAGAGCAGACCAUUGGAACAACGUGAGCACAGUCAGCCAGAACUGAAAGGACAACCAUCAAGAGGGGGGCGGGGUGGUGGUAGAGGGGGGCGAGGUAGGGGUGGAGGAGGAAGGGGUACAAGGGGAGGGAGUGGUAGAGGAGGGGGACAAGGAAGGACGGAUCAAGAGCUGAGGACAAGACAAAAGAAUGAAAGGCACAAAGGACAGAGAGCUAAUCAUAACAGAAAAGCAAUGGCUGAUAAGAAACGUUCAAAAGGAAUGGGUCCAUUGCCUAAUUAAUGCUACUUUAUUGAUACACUAUCUUGAAUGAGAAGGUAUGUAUAUUGCCAGUAUGGGUGAUGAUUCCUGGAUAUCCAUAAUAGCAUGAGUAGUGAAUAGCUUGAGUUUGAUGGUACGAUUCUGGUGAAAGAAAUAUGCUGGAUUCAAUGAGGGAAGUUAAAUAGUCUCUCUUUUACCAACUGCAAAAUCUUAUACCAUUGCACAUUUGAUGAAAGCAUUUAAGUCACAUUCUAGAAGCAAAGCCAAUCCCCCCAGGUAUACGGGGGGGUGGGGGGGGCUGUAUUAUGGUCAAUUUCUAGUCUCUUAGGGGUGCUUCAUAUUAUAGUGUUUAGAUAGCUAAUACUAGUACACUUUUGUGUAAAUCAAAUUUAACCUGCCUGCUAACGUACGUAAUGGGUUGCCAGGCCUGGUUCUAAUAAAGACAUGAAGUACUACUAAAAUCUUGUUUUUGAUUGUGAGUUUUGGGCCUUUGUUUCCUUUAAACAUCCUUACUCUAUCCAUCAUGAUUGUGCAUUUGUUUGUAUUGGGAGGGGGGCACAAUCUUGUUUGUGCAUCCAUCCCAACAAACAAAUAUCAAAUGUAAAUGCAAAACAACUGAAAAAAAGGAACAAACAGACAUGGAACGUAAUCUAAAUUUUGGUUUGUAUUUUGUUGAUAACAUAAGAUAAAUGAGACACAAAUGUAAUAUCACUUCAAAUUAUGUAACCCCCAAAUUCCAAAUCAAACAAGCAAAAUGCUGAAUAUGUCAUUGAAAUCAGAUAUAAAACAAGUUUUUUUACUGUAUUGGUCAGAUGAAAUGUGCAUGCUCAAUUUGAUACAUUUUAAUGUAUUAUGUGAAUUUUAUGAAUAAUUAGGACUUAUUCAUAAGAUAUGUUAUGAAUUUUUUAGAUAUUUUGUAAUUUCAGCUAAAAAAAAGAAAGCUGAUUAAUAUGAAUGAAAAAUAUUGAAGGGGUUGGCACCCCCCCCCCCCUGCAGUAUUAAAACUUUGCUGACUUUUCACAAAACAGGGCAUGACAUAACGAAAUGCAAAUAGUGUCAAUGUCGCUAUUUCUUUUACAUGUGAUUGUAUGAAAUAUUGAAU